CACACCUCGAAGUCCUUCAACCAUGGGAUGCGACUGCUGCAAACCACAACUCGUCAGCCCUGAGCCGGUCAAUGCGCCAAUCGCAGCUCCAUUCGAGGAGACGAGCAGCUGCGUAGAGUCUUGCUGCGAUGACGACGAGGAGCCUCUCGACACCAACGCUCCGGACCAGAAAGAAACCCCAGACGAGAGACCGUAUGAUUGCCGCUCCUCUGGUGUCACCGCAGACGAAAAAGACGAUCAUGCCACCGACGCGCCUGACUGCUGCCGUGGCAAGGCCGCCCCGUGCUGCGACACGUCCUGCAUUGACCGCUUGGCCGUGCGGGAGUGCGAGUUGAGUGCUGCAGCUGGCCCCCUGCCGAAUAUCCAGACAGACACUUGCGGCGGAGCUGCCAAUGGCAAAGCGUGCAGCCGGCAUAGUCUUUCUGCCCUCGACCGCUAUGGCGCUACUCUACAGGCCCUGGGAUGUAUCUGCCGCGCUCUCAUUGCUCUCGGCCAGGAAACCUGCUGUGAAGUCCGCGAGCGCCGUUCGCUGGACGGCAAGCAGUGCUCCAAGAGGUCGUCUGCUCGAUCCCUUCUUCGUACUUCGCUUGAGUCCCUCCACAACAGCGGCAAGGACCAGGACGGGCAGAACCGCUUGCGCCUGCAAAAGGGUUCUGGCGGAAGCGUCAGGUCUGUCAAAAGGCCGUACACAGAUGCUUGUGCAGAAUCUUGUUGCUCAAAGGACAAGCCCGCCAAGGCUCCAUCCAUCAAGGCGAGCUGUGCUGGAUCUUGCUGCUCCCCCGAAAAGCCUGUCGCCCAAACUCGACGCCUUGCGUCUUGCGGCGCAGAAACUCCCAGUGUCGAAGAGUCUCCGCCCAAGGUCGGCUGCCCUGCAGACACAGACUCGUGCUGUUCCAAUGUCAAGUCCGUUGAAUCUCCAACUAGCGGGUGUGCAGCAUCUUGUUGCGGAACAGUUCAGCCGAUCACCAAGGAGGUCGGCUCUUGCUCCAAAGCAUCAAAGCAGGAUGCCGUAAAGACUCCGAAAAGUAGUUGCGCGGACUCUUGCUGCGCAGAGGACCGGCCGGUCAGCCCUCAACGCUCUUGUGCCGAUGCUUGCUGCUCCUCUGCACCACCCGAUCCUAGUCUGAAAAUCGAGAGAGCCCUGUUUCAAGCCAUGUCAGACAUAGAGAACCAGGGCACCGGCAUGGAACACGUUGUUCUCAGCAUUUCUGGAAUGACUUGUACUGGGUGCGAGACAAAGCUCAAUCGAACCCUCGCUACUGUCCCCGCCGUCAAAGACCUAAAGACCAGUCUAGUCCUCUCACGAGCCGAGUUCAACAUUGACUUUCGCCUUAGCUCGGUAGAAGAAGUCAUGAAACAUCUGGAGCGAACGACCGAGUUCAAGUGCGAAAGAGUCCAGAACCAUGGAUCUAGCCUGGACUUUAUCGUCUCCGGUGAGCCCUCAAAUUUCACCAGUCAGACUUGGCCGGAAGGCGUUGUUGAAAUGACCCUUGUGGACAAGCAAACCGUGCGGGUGGCAUUUGAUCCGAAGAUCAUUGGAGCACGAGACCUCGCCGAGAAGAUUUGGGAUCCGCCAAUCGCGCUUGCUCCUCCCCGUGGUGACCCUUCCCUGGAGGCUGGUAGCAAGCAUGUCCGUCACGUCGGAUACAUGACGCUUCUCUCCGCUGUCUUAACAAUUCCGGUCCUGGUCAUGGCAUGGGCGCCGCUUCCUGAGAGGGAGGUGGCAUAUUCCUCAGCUUCGCUCGCCUUGGCCACGGUCGUUCAAGUUGUUAUAGCAGGACCUUUCUAUCCCAAGGCUCUAAAGGCUCUCGUUUUCUCAAGGGUUAUCGAGAUGGAUCUUUUGAUCGUCUUAAGCACCAGUGCUGCUUAUAUCUUCUCGGUGGUCUCCUUCGGGUACCUUAUUGCAGAGAAACCACUUUCGACGGGUCAGUUCUUUGAAACGAGCACUCUCUUGGUAACCUUGAUCAUGGUUGGCCGGUGGGUUACUGCUCUCGCUCGUCAGAGAGCUGUCGAAUCCAUUUCUAUCCGGUCACUUCAGGCAUCGACAGCAAUUCUUGUCGAUAAAGAGAGCGGAACAGAACGUGAGAUUGACGCCCGACUUCUUCAAUAUGGCGACACCUUCAAAGUUCUGCCUGAUUCCAGAAUCCCGACCGAUGGCACUGUCGUUACGGGGUCGUCUGAGGUUGAUGAGUCUAUGAUCACUGGUGAAUCAAGGCCGGUAGAGAAGUACUCCAAGUCUGUGGUUGUUGCUGGUUCUAUCAAUGGGCCUGGAGUCAUGACUGUCCGACUCGACCGCCUGCCUAGCGACAACACUAUCAAUACCAUUGCUGCAAUGGUUGAUGAAGCGAAACUGUCGAAACCCAAGCUGCAGGAUCUUGCAGAUAGGGUAGCAUCCUACUUCGUCCCGGUGGUCGUGGCAUUGACGGCCAUUACGUUCGUUGUUUGGGUUGCAGUCGGCGUCACUGUUCAUGGGUAUGAUGGAUCCGAAGCCACAAUCCAGGCCAUCACCUACGCCAUUACUGUACUCAUCGUAUCCUGUCCCUGCGCCAUUGGACUGGCUGUUCCAAUGGUUAUUGUGAUUGCCAGCGGAGUCGCUGCCGAGAGGGGAAUCAUCUUCAAGUCCGCAGAUGCGAUCGAAGUCGCUCACAAGGCGUCGCACGUCGUUUUUGACAAGACUGGGACCUUGACUCGGGGCAAGCUUUCUGUCGUCUCGAAAGACUGUGUUGACGAGGCCAAGCUCCCUCUUCUUUUAGGCCUCAUCAAAGACAGUCGGCACCCAGUUUCGGUUGCUGUGGCUGCUCACCUGAGGGAUGCUGGAACUACGACGACUUUGACUGUUCCUGAGCCCAGGAGUCUGACUGGCAAAGGUGUCGAAUCCACCCUAGGUGGCCAGACGCUUCGAGCAGGCAAUUCCCGCUGGCUGGAUCUCUCCGAACAUGAACUCGUCCAGCCAAUGCUUGCCCGAGGGUAUACUGUCUUCUGCUUCACUGUCGACAAUGCGUUGAAGGCAGUCUAUGGUCUUGAAGAUGAGCUUCGACCUGACGCUGUCGGGACCGUCGGGGCCUUGCAGAAGCGUGGCGUCGCGGUACAUGUGGUUUCCGGGGACGACGACGGAGCUGUUCAGACGUUGGCCUCCAAGCUUGGCAUUCCUAUCGACAAUGUGCGUUCCCGAAGCUCCCCAUCCGACAAGAAGGAUUACGUCCAAACCCUCCUCGGUACUGGCACAGAUGGCAAGCAAGCGGUGGUCGUUUUCUGCGGUGACGGCACCAACGAUGCCGUUGCUCUCGCGCAGGCUACGAUUGGCGUCCACAUGAAUGAGGGCACAGAUGUCGCGCAAUCAGCCGCGGAUGUCGUUCUCAUGCGCCCUUCUCUGGCUGGCAUCGUCACCAUGAUGAACGCCAGUCGGAAAUCUGUCAACCGCAUCAAGUUCAACUUUGCAUGGAGCUUCGUGUACAACACCUUUGCGAUCCUGCUCGCCGCGGGCGCUUUUGUCAAUGCGAGAAUCCCCCCAGAGUUUGCCGGACUGGGGGAACUGGUGAGCGUGUUGCCAGUCGUCGUUGCUGCGGUGCUUCUGCGCUAUUCGACGAUCUAGGCACAGAUAAUCAUCAUUGCACGGGUGCCAACGGCGCAAAUUCCACAAACUCUCCUUGACAUCGGACUGGGAUCGCCGUUGCUAAAAGCGGGAUGCGAUAGCUCUCACCACCUUCGAGUUCGAACCGCAAGCUCUGAUUGGUACUAUUCUGUCAUUUCCGAUAGUCUGCUUCAGUGUCAAAGGAGACUCUCCCAGGGGAGGGUUCAACUCAGUCCCUACCGUUCUUCACAUAUCCUAUUAUACAGGACAUACUCGUUAACAACCACAAUUUCUUGGUAGAAUCACUUGCAGAGGGGAUCUUAAGAAAUGGCUCGCGGAUCCCCAUGUCAGCUUCAUUCUUAUCAUUAGAACAGCAUUUGAACAUAUGUAGUUGCCUAGCCACGAUACAGACAUUGAAUCUAUAAUUCCGUCGGCGGC